AUGAACACCACCGUGCGCAGCUUUUUCCUCUCGGGGAUACAGUACGGGUAUAGAACCCCCAUCUGUGGUCUAGAGAAGUCUGUCGUGGUGGCAUACAUGAAUCAAAUCUUUCCUCACAGAGACAUUGUAGUCAAGUUGGAGUGUAUUGUCCCCCGAAGACUUACGCCCGAGGAGGAGAAUGGGCUCGAGAAGCUCCGCGCCGGAAAUGAUCCCACAGAACAGCACGAGGGCGGAGGCGCAGAUCACGUCAAAGUAAAUGGGGGUCUCGACUCAGAGGGGACACAGCAGGCGAAAGAAAAGGAUUAUCUGCCCUAA